AGGAGGGAGAGCAGCUUGGACUGAAGCAGGAGGCUGAAGGCAUCAGGACUGAAGAAGAGCGGCUCAGACUGUUGGACACUGUCUGGAAAACUGAGAUAAAGUUACACAGAAUGGACCUCCAACACCAACAUGUCUGUGAGGAUAAGGUUCUUACAGAGCAGCAGGUCUGUAACCAGGAGAGGAACUCCAGUCUGGACUGGGAGGACACAGAGCCUCCACAGAUUAAAGGGGAACAGGAGGAUGAGGGAGAGCAGCUUGGACUGAAGCAGGAGGCUGAUACUUUAGGAGAGAAUAUUCUUGUGUCAGAGAGUCUGAGUCAAAGUGACACAAGGAAAACGUCUCUGCAAUGUGACACCUGUGGGAAAACUUUUCAGUAUGAAUCCCACCUGAUGACACAUCUAAGAAUUCACACAGGAGAGAAACCGUAUUCUUGUAACAAAUGUGUGAAAAAAUUCCGCCAGCUGGCAUGCUUGAAAGCUCACAUGAGGAUUCAUACAGGGGAGAAGCCAUAUGUUUGUAGUACCUGUGGGAAUAGAUUCAUUAGGAGCAUACAGUUAAAGAAGCACAUAAGAAUUCACACAGGUAAUUUUCCGUAUUCAUGUAACAUCUGUGAGAAAAAAUGUAUCCACUUAUCAACACUGAAAGCUCACAUGAGGAUUCACACAGGGGAGAAGUCGUAUCCUUGUAUCACCUGUGGAAAAGAAUUCAGUCGGAAAUCAGCUUUGGAACGUCAUGUAAGAGUUCACACAGCUGCUGCAGCUGCAGAGCGGGGUCACUGA